GUGUACCAGAACCUGCGACUGGACUGAACGGAACAUUUUGGCUUAUCGAUAUCAAUAGUUCCACUGCACUACAUUGUCAAACUGAUCAGCCGAUCCCGAUCCCAGCAACCAUGGCUGAAGGUGGAAAUCAACAUACGAGGAAAGUGAACACCGACAACAUUCAUUUAUCGGCCUGCCGUCUCCUGGAAUGUCCUAUUUGCUUGGAACAGAUGCAGAAACCGAAAUCCCUUCCAUGUUUACAUUCCUUCUGUGAGGAAUGUCUAAGUUCCUUUAUCAUUCGAGACAUGUCAGGUGAUAUGGCUGCAGUGACAUCUUUCCCUUGUCCUGUUUGUAGGAAGAUAACAUCCCCCACCAAUCACUCAGAGAGGAAAGAGACGUGGGCACAGCAAUUUCCCACCAAUAAUCUGGUUCAAUAUUUGAUCAGUUGCAAAGGAAGUGCAGAGACUCCACUUUACUGUGGUCCUUGCAAGAAGACAAAGAAUAUGGAAACGCCAGCGAUUUCAUAUUGCAAAAGUAGUGAGAUGCUAUUUUGUGACUUCUGUAAAAUGAAUGUGCAUGAUGUCUUUCAUGAUGUGUGUGACAUUGUAACGUUUAAAGAGACGAAGCCUGAUUUAACAUGGAAUCAACCUUCAACAGUGACUUGUCCCACUCAUAACGAGAAGAUGGACUAUUAUUGCGAAAGUCACAAGUUCAUUGGAUGCUGCGAAUGUAUUAUCGCAGGGCAUCGGCGAUGUUACAGAGUGAUGUCAGUCAAGGAGUAUUGUAAACGUCAAAAGGGCAGAUCCAAACAUGAUGGCAUGGGAAAGUCUCUUGGAGAAGUGGACAAGUGCCUUGAACUGAUGUUAAACACUUUUGAUCAUCAGUUUGAACAAUUGCAACAGUGCCAGGAUGUUUGCUUGAAAAGUGUAGCAGAUGUGCGAGAAAAAAUUAACACAUUUCUCGACAAAAAACAGGCGGGAAUAAUUGAUGAACUAAAUUUAGUAUACAAAGCUGAAAAAGAAAAGGUUGAUGUAUUCAAGCAGAAAUGCAUCCGACUGAAGGCUGCCGUUCAAAACACGAAGGAAUUAUCACGGUCUUCAGGCUGGGAAGAAGAUGACAUUGGGACCUUACAGCUGUUCCAUAGAGGUCAAACAGAGAUUGUAGCAUGUAACAACCUUAUUGACGAAGUGGCACGUUCUUCAAAAUCUGUCAGUAUCAAACACGAUAUCGGACCUAAGCUCAGUACGAUUGACGAAUCAAGCACUCUUACAUUUGGAGGAAUCUGCGUGAAGGAACAACCUUGCAUGUUGCCUGAUGGUGUUGAGUGUGUACCAAAUGUUGGAUUGCUGUCAGAAUGUCGCGUGAGGAGAACAAGAACGUUUAAUAUUGGACUUCCUUCAGAUACAACAAACUGUUCUGCAUAUGGUGUUGUGUUGAUGCCGAAUGACAAUAUCAUUGUAAGUGAUUAUUCCAAUAAAAAACUAAAGUUGUUCUCUCCAAAAGAUGUGUGCUUAAACCAGUUGAAGAUUGGAAAUCAUGUGCGCGAUAUGUGUAUUUCCGGGAAGGAAACUGUGGCUGUAGUUUUCUCUGCUGGCGAGAAUUGUUCCGGAAUACUUACCGCUAAAGUACAAUCUACAGAAAUCAGUUUGAUAAAAAAAAUAAACCUUUCUGGCAGUUCGCUGUGUUAUGGCAUAACAGUUUGUGAUGAGGGAUUCGCCGUAAGUACGUCAAAACAUAUUCAAACUUUAACAGUGGAAGGCAAGACACACGUGUCUUACUCAUCAGGAACCGAAUGUCACUAUCUUACCUAUUGCCCAAACCAGGAACAGGUACUUGCUAGCCUAAACACAUCUACGUCAGGUAAAGUGGCUCUAACCGUUAUUUCUCCAUGGAAACAACCUGACGUCCUGAAGGUUGGCGUGGUCACAAAUGCGAUGGGAGUAGAUGUGGACUAUGAUGGGAAUAUUUACGUCUGUGGUCAGUCGUCAAACAACGUCGUCCAAAUCUCCGCAGAUGGUACCAAGGUCAGAGAACUUCUGACAUCAAAGGAUGGUAUAACCCAACCAAGGGCUAUUUCUGUACGUGGUGACAAAUUCGUAGUCACGAACAUUUCAUCGACACAUAGGAAUCAUGUAGAUGUUUAUCAGCUCUACUGAAGAACAACGUACUGUAUAACGAGCAAUAUAGUUUCUGUCCUGGCUCCGAUUCUGUCUUAUUUACAAACCUGAUAUAAGAGAGUAUUUCCUGGUGCCGAUUCUGUCUUAUUUACAAACCUGAUAUUAGAGAGUGUUUCCUGGUUCCUAAUUCUGUCGUAUUUACACACUUGAUGGUAGAGAGUGUUUCCUGGCGCCAGAUUCUGUUUUAUUUACACAUCUGAUAGUAGAGAGUGUUUUCUGGUGCCGAUUUUGUCGUAUUUACACACACUUGAUACUAGAGAGUGUUUCCUGGUACCGAUUCUGUCGUAUUUACACACCUGAUAGUAGAGAGUGUUUCCUGGCGCAAAAGUCUGUUUUAUUUACACACUUGUUAGUAGAGAGCGUUUCUUGGUGCCGGUUCUGUCGUAUUUACACAUUUGAUAGUUUAGGGUGUAUCCAAGCACCGAUUCUGUCGGGUAUACACACCUGAUAGCAGUGAGAGUUUCCUGGCGCGAAUUCUGUCGUAUUUACAAACCUGAUAGUAGAGAGUGUUUCCUGGCGCAAAAUUCUGUUUUAUUUACACACUUGUUAGUAGAGUAUGAUUCCUGGCGCCGCCUCUGUCGUAUUUACACACUUGAUAGUAGAGAGUGUUUCUUGGCGCAAAAUUCUGUCUUAUUUACACAUCUGAUAGUAGAGAGUGUUUCCUGGUUCCUAAUUCUGUCUUAUUUACACACUUGAUAGUAGAGAGUGCUUCCUGGCGCUGAUUCUGUCGUAUUUACAAACCUGAUAGUAGAGAGUGCUUCCUGGAUUCACGAAUACAUUGUUGUACGGUAUACAGCACACCCUUGGUAAAUUGAUUGUGAUUUUGUUUACUGUAUUUAUGAGAUUCCUUGUUCCGAGACUUCUGUGGGAUUGUCAGUUUGCUGAAGUAAGCAUACACGCAUAUACUUUUACGUUUAUAUCCAUAUUGCAAGGUACCUGUUCUACUACAGAGUAUAAAUAUCGCUAUCACAUUCUUUCCACAAUAGUUGUUUUGCGUCCAAUUUUUAUUGCAAUACACAAAGCGUAAAAUCUUUAUCAGAAGGUCUUAUUAUGCAAUGAAGUAAUGCAAGAUAAUUUGAUUUGAGCAUUGUCUAUCAUGAAACAUCAAACAUAUAAAAUAUUAUUACUUAACAACAGACACACAAGUGUUUGAAUUAUUCGCGGGAUUAAUAUGUCGUGAUCGUCCCGUUUAAGGUUAAUUCACGCAUUUACAUUUAUAAUUUCGUGGAGCUAAUAUCAUGUGGUUGUGCCGGUCUCGGCUAGUUCACAGCGAUCAAAUUUCAUCGGAGAAAUAUUUCUCGGUUGUUCCGGUUUAGGCCAGUACAUUCAGACUUGAUUUCGCGGGAUAGAUAUUUCAUGGUUGUCUCGCUUAGGACUAGCUCAGGAGUGUCAGAUUUCUCGGGGCUUAUAUUAAUUUCUUGCUUAGGUUUCUUGUAAUUCACAGACAUUAACAGUAAAUAUUAGAAUAUUUUGUGUUUGUACCGGUUUCGAUUAGUUCACAGGGAUAAAAUUUCGGUGGUUUUCACGGUUUGGGCUAGUUUAUGGAGAUCACAUUUCGCGAGACUAAUAUUUCGCGGUUAUGCCAAUUCGCUUAGCUCACAAGGAUCAAAUUUCACAAGGGUAGCAAUUGGCAGUUGUCACGAUUUUGAAUAGUCCACGGGGUUUUAAUUUCGCGGGCCAAUGUUUCGUGUUGUUCUGGUUGGGGCUAGUUGACUGGGAUUUAAUUUCGCGGGCCAAUGUUUCGUGUUGUUCUGGUUGGGGCUAGAUGACUGGGAUUUAAUUUCGCGGGCCAAUUUUUCGUGUUGUUCUGGUUGGAGCCAGCUGACUGGGAUUUAAUUUCGCGGGCCAAUGUUUCGUGUUGUUCUGGUUGGGGCUAGAUGACUGGGAUUUAAUUUCGCGGGCCAAUUUUUCGUGUUGUUCUGGUUGGAGCUAGCUGACUGGGAUUUAAUUUCGCGGGCCAAUUUUUCGCGUUGUUCUGGUCGGGGCUAGCUGACUGGAAUUUAAUUUCGCGGGCCAAUUUUUCGUGUUGUUCUGGUUGGAGCUAGCUGACUGGGAUUUAAUUUCGCGGGCCAAUUUUUCGUGUUGUUCUGGUUGGGGCUAGCUGACUGGGAUUUAAUUUCGCGGGGCAAGUAUAUCGAGUGACUGUGCCAGUUUAUGUUUAUUCAUGAAUUUAGUUUUACGGUCUUAUAUUUCGCGGUUGUCCUGGUAUGGGCUAGUUAACAGAUAUAAUUUCCACGGACUUCUAUUUCGCAAAUAUCCCAAUUGGGGUUAUUUCACAGGGAUUCAACUUCGAGGGGCUAAUAUUUAGUGGGUGUUCCGGUGUGGGCUUAUUCACGGGAAUGUAAUUUCGCGAGGCUAGUUCAGAUGAGUUCACGGGGAUUUGAUGUCGUCUAGCUAAUAUUUAUAAUUUUUCACAGUUUGGGCUAGGUCGCGGACAUUCAUUUUCUCACAUGUUGGUUGCUCUGUACACCGGCAUACAACAUGGAUUUCUGAGAUUUUUAAUCUCUGUUAAUAUUUACAACAACACACUGAUGAAUAUACAAUUCAUUUUAUUAUACAUUUACUACUCAUAAAAGGACGUGCAUGUUAUCUGAUAACAGUAAGUAGCUGAUGAUAUUUCAUUGAGAUACAUUACAUUAAAAAUAUGUAGGAAUACAGGUCGUAUAAAAGAUGUACUUGACAGUAUAUGAGAUACAGUUUGUUUGUACUUUCCAAAGGAAACAAACCAAGGUUGUGGUGAAAGGUGUGAAGUAAGUUUCUUUCAUUUCUUUGUGAUGUAUAUUCUAUCGUUAUUUGUGUUUGUGCCUGCAAUCACAUCCAUUCAAUGGUGCAGUAUGGAUGUAUUCUAAGAAAUUUUGAAUAGUUUGAUCACAUAAAAUCCAAGCCUUUCGAUCCAUAGAUUACCACGCAUGCUUCAAGUAAUGUGUUACUUGAAAGCUGAUGUUUAUGCUAUCCAUGGUAUAUGAGACCAAGCUGUGACCUCGUCGGUUAGGAUAAUAGAGGAUACAGUGAUGUACAAGUGAAAACAAUUGUAUACGAUUCAUUGCAAUGGAUCUCACUUGUCUCCAUCUUAAUAUUUGAAUAUGUUUAAUGUAAUAUAUGUACAGUGUACAUAUAAUUGAUAAAUGGCCGUGAUUUGAUUUGAUUUAAUUGCUGACAAUUUUAGUGCCUUUUUUGUUUUUAUUACGAUAAAAUUGGCUUUUUAUGUUGUUUAUGCCAAUGAA